AUGGUCUACUUCGGGCUCAGAGGCAGGCCACUGAGCGUCCUGGUCAGUCUUGUGGCCGCGACAGCAUUUAUGCUCCAGGGUUACGAUCAGGCUGUGAUGAACGGCCUUGUCACGCUGCCAACGUUCCUCUCUGUUUUCCCUGAAAUGGUAAACCCCAAUAUUGAAGGUACCACCGUUGCCAUCUAUGAGAUCGGUUGCGCGAUUGGCGCUCUGUCCUGUGCCUUCAUUGGUGACGUCCUAGGGCGACGUCGCAUGCUUUUUACGGCUGGUGUUGUUGUCAUUGUUGGUGUCCUCCUACAGGCGACCCCGUUCAGUCUACCUCAAUUGAUCGUUGCUCGAAUUAUCACGGGUCUCGGUGUCGGUGCAUUCACCGGUACAGCGCCCAUGUAUGUGUCUGAAUGCGCCAGUGCGCAUGCCCGUGGCCGAAUGGUCCUGACGCAGGGAUUCUUUGCCAUUGGCGGCAUCGUCCUCGCGACAUGGAUCGAGUUUGGCCUCUUCUUUGCAAAGGACAGCCAGGUCAACUUCCGUUUUCCCAUCGCCCUCCAGGCCCUUUUCGCCAUCAUUGUCGUCUCCCUCAUUAUGUUCUUGCCCGAGUCUCCUAGAUGGCUUGUCAAGCGUGACCGCAUGGAGAAUGCUCGCGAAGUUUUGAGUGCUCUUGAGGAUAUGCCGGAGGACUCAGAAUUGGUGAACCAGGAGCUGGAUGUUAUCCGUGAGACAUAUCUCGAGGAGAAAGAGAAUUCCGCCUCGCUAUUUACCAUGGGUCCCGAACGACUGUUCCAUCGUCUUUGCCUGGCUGUUUUCGCAGCCCUGUUGGCUCAGAUGACCGGUGUCAACAUUGUAACAUUCUAUUCGACCCAGAUUUUUGAAGAUCACCUUGGCUAUGGCGCAAUCGAAGCUCGUAUUUUCUCGGGUUGUAUUCAAAUUUGGCAGUUCUUGUGUGCCGGAUUAGCCGUGAUCCUGAUCGACAAGGUCGGACGACGAAGGCUCCUAAUGGCCGGCGCUGCUGGCAUGUGCCUUGCUCAAACCGCUCUUUGCGGUCUCAUGUCGGACCUCACCAACAAGGCCGCCGGAGAAGCUGCCAUCUUCUUCUACUUCGUUGCCAUGUUCUUCUUCCCUGUCGGCUUGUUCCUGCUGCCUUUUAUGUAUGCGGGUGAAAUAGCCCCUCUCUCCAUCCGCCACAAGGUCGCCGCCCUGGGUGCCUGCACGAACUGGUUGUUCAACUUCCUCAUUGCCGAGGUGUCGCCAACUGCUCUCAGCAAUAUUGGAUACAGGUACUACAUUGUCUACGCCUGUAUCAGUGCAGUUGCGUUUGUGUCGUUCUACCUAUUCUACCCUGAGACCAAGGGACGCACCCUCGAAGAGAUCGACGAGAUCUUUAUUCGCUCCAAGUCCAUCUUUGACCCGGUCAAGGUGGAAAAGUCGCUGCCGCGCAACGGUCUGUCCGGUGCGGAACGUCGUCGGGAGGAAAGGGGAUUGGAGAAGAACACUGCUGCUCAUGUUGAGAUUGCUUAA